GGUUAUUAGUAGAACGGUAGUCCAUACCAAACGGUAUAUUAAGUAUCAAUAAAAGAUUUAUAAAUAAUACCUACAAAAACACAAAUAAAUUCAUCAAUACAUUAUCCCAUUUUCAUUUCAGCCGCCAUUAUGAGUAAGUAAUUAUGACAUUUUAGAUGUUUUACCAGCAGGUUUUACGUUUUUGCUCUUUGCGCAGAAAUUGGCGCAGUUCUUGUACAAUAAUCUGUGCCUGACACAAAUUCUUGUAUCGUUUCUGAUAUUGUUUCUUGUAUCUUUGUAUGACACUAUGCAUUUUUUUGACAUAUCUGAAACGAUAUAAGAAAUGAUACAAGAAAAUGUAUAGUGUCAUACAGCCUUUUCGUUUUUGCUCUUUGCGCAGAAAUUGGCGCAGUUCUUGUACAAGAAUCUGUGUCUGACUCAAAUUCUUGUAUCGUUUCUGAUAUCAUUUCUUGUAUCUGUGUAUGACACUAUGCAUUUUUUUGACAUAUCAGAAACGAUAUUAGAAAUGAUACAAGAAAAUGUAUAGUGUCAUACAGCCUUUAGAUUUUGCCCUCCUCCUGCCAUGUUUGACAGUUCAUUGGAAUGCCUAUAGCGAUUGCCUCCCAGCGGUGACCUAAACGUCAACGCCAAAGUCUUGUUGAAAUGCCCUAUCCCUAUAGCGUGAAUCAAAAACAAAACAAAACCAUAACCAUAACAAAACAGAGGAGACAAGUGACAAAAAUGUACGAGAACGAGGAGAAAAAUAGAAAAAAUUAAUGGAUGAGGAUAUAUUAUAGGAUACGUUGAAUCGGUAUGGUACAGAACAUCGGUAACUUGAUUCAUGUAAAUUUCAAUUUUCGGGUGUAAAAUUAUUGUUGAAUUAUAUAAAAUAAAGUAUAAUGAAAUGGAAGUCAAACAAGAAAUUAUCGAGGAAACGUGUAAAAUAGAAAUAGAGUAUAAUGACCUGGACCUGGAUGAUGCUCUUCUAGAUGUCUUUAAAUGUGAAGUAAAGGAGGAAUCCAAUACUAAUGAGAUAGAACCACAUGGAAGUAAUCUUAGCACAUCUUUUGAAGAAAACCAAAAAACUGAGAAAGAUUACCUCCAAGAGAACAAAAUGGAAAUUCUGGAGGCACAAACUGAAAAUUCAUCUCACGAAGGAAAUUGUACGAAUGCACAUGCUGAAGGAAAAACAUUAAAUAAAAACAAGAAAGGGGUGAAUGGAAAAAGAGCUUACAAGUGUGAAAUUUGUUUUAAGCACUUUAGUGAAGCAGGUUCUUUGAAAAGACAUCUGAGAGUGCACACUGGAGAAAAACCUCAUAAGUGUGAAAUAUGUUUUAAGCAAUUUACUACAACAAGCCAUUUGAAACAACAUUUGAGAGUGCACACUGGGGAGAAACCUUACAAGUGUGAAAUUUGUCUUAAGCAGUUUAGUGAAGCAGGUUCUUUGAAAACACAUUUGAGAGUUCAUACUGGAGAAAAACCUUACAAGUGUGAAAUUUGUUUUAAACAGUUUAGUGAAGCAGGUUCUUUGAAAACACAUUUGAGAGUUCAUACUGGAGAAAAACCUUACAAGUGUGAAAUUUGUUUUAAACAGUUUAGUGAAGCAGGUACGUUGAAAAGACAUGUGAGGGUGCACACUGGAGAAAAACUUCAUAAGUGCGAAAUUUGUUUUAAACUGUUUAUUGAAGCAGUUCAGUUAAAAAUACAUUUGAGAGUUCACACUGGAGAAAAACCUUACAAGUGUGAAAUUUGUUUUAAGCAAUUUACUACAGCAAGUUCAUUGAAAAAACAUUUGAUUGUGCACACAGGGGAGAAAUCUUACAAGUGUGAAAUUUGUUUUAAACAGUUUCUUCGAGUGAAUCAGUUAAAAAUACAUUUGAGAGUGCAUACUGGAGAAAAACCUCACAAGUGUGAAGUUUGUUUUAAGCAAUUUACUGCGACAAGGUCAUUGAAAGAACAUUUGAGAGUGCACACUGGGGAAAAACCUCACAAGUGCGAAAUUUGUUUUAAACAGUUUAUUCGAGUAAGUAGUUUGAAAGUACAUUUGAGAGUGCACACUGGGGAAAAACCUCAUAAAUGUGAAAUUUGUUUUAAGCAGUUUAGUGAAGCAGGUUCUUUGAAAUCACAUUUGAGAGUACACACUAAAGAAAAACCUUAUAAGUGUGAAAUUUGUUUUAAGCAGUUUAGUGAAGCAGGUUCCGUGAAAAUGCAUCUGAGGGUGCACACUGGAGAAAAACCUCACAAGUGUGAAAUUUGUUUUAAACAGUUUAUUCACAUAAGUCAUUUGAAAAAACAUUUGAGAGUGCACACUGGGGAAAAACCUUACAAGUGUGAAAUAUGUUUUAAGCAUUUUAGAAGUGAUUUGAAAAGACAUUUGAGAGUUCACACUGGAGAAAAACUUCAUAAGUGUGAAAUUUGUUUAAAGCUAUUUAGUCAAGCAUACUCUUUGAAAGAACAUUUGAGAGUGCACACUGGCGAGAAACCUUACAAGUGUGAAAUUUGUUUAAAGCAAUUUAUUCAAGCAACUAAUUUGAAAACACAUGUUAGAGCAGCACACACUGGGGAGAAACCGAAGUGUGAAAUUUGUUUUAAGCAGUUUAGUGAAGCUGGUACUUUAAAAAGACAUCUCAGUGUACACACUGGAGAAAGACCUUACAAGUGUGAAAUUUGUUUUAAGCGGUUUAUUCAAGCAGCUCAUUUGAAUCAACAUUUGAGAGUACACACUGGAGAAAAACCGCAUAAAUGUGAAAUUUGUUCUAAGGAAUUUGCUAAAACAUACAGUUUGAAACAACAUUUGAGACUGCACACUGUGGAGAAACCUUAAAGUGUGAAAUUUGUUUUAACCCAUUUACGGCAAAAGGUGCGCAAUACUAAAGAGUUAAUGCCUUUUUUAGAAGACGACUCACAUUGUAAAAAUGCUGACUCACUUGAUGUGGUUUAUGUGCCGCCAGAAACAGAUGAAGUUUCCGAUGUAGAAGACAUUGAUGAUAAUAUUGUUGGUGAAGAAGUAAUAAAAACGGAGAUUGCAUGUACAUAUAAAAUGCAAGUGAAUGGGAAUUCUGACGAUUAUGAUUAUAACAUUCCUCUGAACCUCAGAUCAAAACGUCCAAAGACAGAACCAGCCAAAAAUAAUCAAUCCAAAGUUGGGUAAAACCAGAUACUGCUUCGUACUCAGCAGUAAUUCAACAGUCUGGUCGAUAUUUAGAAAAUAUAAAAGCCAAACAUGGAGACAGGUCAGCUAUUGAAGCUUUUUCACUCUUUUUUGAUAAAGAAGUAGUCGAGAGCAUUUCUAUAUUUUACAAAUAUUUAUGCAUUGCAGAAUAAUCAUCACGAUUUUGAAAUGAAUGACAGAUUUAAAAACAUUUAUUGGCAUAUGUAUAUUAUCUGGUUAUCCCACUCGAGGCCUCAAGUUGAUAUGUAUUGGUCGAAAGAUAAGGAUAAAGAAGCGCAUAUUAUAAAGGUAUGUAUACAUAUGCGCUCCGCUCGGUGUGCGAGCCGCUCGCGCGCAGCAUGUUCGUCAGAUUAGUACGUGUUUUCAAGUGGAGCACAAACGGCGCACCACGAUCUAACCUCUGUCCGUUUUUCAACACUCUUUGAUGGUUCACAAUAAGUAUUUGGACGGGUUUGCGAGUGGUUUGUUGGUUUUGGCGCGCUUGAGUUGAAUAUUUCUUGUAAUGUAACCGACACCCUUGCCAGGCCUCUUUAGUGUUUACGUUCACCCACAAACGAGUAUUUCUAACGAUAAAUCGUUACAUUGAUUAUUAAACAAAUAAUUGAUGCUUUGUAACGAGUAGGUACUUUUUUAAAUUACUAGCAUGUAUUACUAUAGUAUAGGGAUGGGAAAAACCUACCGGUUUUAACCGAAAACCGGUUUUUUUACUUCGCAAUAACCGGUUUUACCGGUUGUUUUUUGUCCCGGUUAUAACCGGUUUUUCCUUUUUAAAAUAAAAACCGGUUAUUAGGUUUUUACGGUGAUUAGGAUUAGGUUAGGUAUUAUUUUGGAUCCCAAUCAUAAUUAUUAUUCUCAAGUAAUUAUUCCAAACAAAACCAUAAUUCAAAUUUUAUUUUAUAAAUACAGAAGCAAGCUGAAAGUGCAAACUCACAUCAGCCAGGAACAAUUUAGUUUUAUUAUAAUAUUUCGUUGAAAAGGUAUUUGUAAUCAUAAUAUUUACAUAAGAAGUGAUCUGGUGAAGUAGACGCAAACAUCAUCUAUUUUUCACACUUGACUCCUGACAUUGAAAGUGGGUGAAUGACCUUUUCUUAUUACCAAAAAUAAUGUCUGACUAUGAAUAUCGAAUUACCGAUUACGAAUACGAAUCUCCAAGGAUUUCCCUACGUUUUCAAAAUGAUACACCCAUACAGGAAGUAUUAAAUGAGUUAAAAUGUAUCUAUUAUACAAAAAUAUUCAAACGUGUUAAAAAAUACAUGUUAAUUUUUUUUGAUGGUAGUAAAAAUAAAAGAUAAAUUGCAUUAUCCAAUUUAUUGUUAAGUAAAAUAUUUAUGUUAUUAUUUUUUUUAAAUCCCAUUUGAAAGAGUCUGGGAAAUUUUGUAUAAGUUGAAAUGGUUGGGUUAAAUUAUAUAUUAUUGCAAUAUGUAUACAUAUAUUGAUUAUUAUAUUUAAUAAUAAUUAAUAAAUAUUUAAUAAUAAUAAAAUAAUAAAUAUAUAUAAUAAUUAAUAUAAUAACAUGGUUUUAUUAAAAAUUCUGUUUUAUUUAUAUUGAUAUUGAUGUCCUUUCGAUAGUACUAAUUUGGAUAUUAUUGAUAUCGAGUAUCGAGUCGAGUGGAGUAUCUCAAACUAAAGUGCAUUGUAAAUGGAACAUUGUAACCUAUUAAAUUAAAAAACCGAAAACCGGUUUUUCGAAAAACCGGUUUUUUUGGCCGGUUAUAACCGCUAGGUUAAACCGUAAGCAAAAAAACCGGUAUAACCGAAAACCGGCGUUUUGUCAAAAACCGCCAUCCCUACUAUAGAUACGACAACCCUAUUAUAAAAAUUAAAUAACAAAAUGUUUCAUCUAGACCAGGGCAUUUAAAAUUUGAAACUUUUUGCAUUGUGUUCAGGAUGAUGUCAAGAAAAAAGUUUACUAUAGAAAAAUGGUUGGAAAUGCAUCGUUGCAUUUUAAGGUGCAUAAAAUGCAUCCAAAAGGUCAUACAGAUUUCAAAGUAAGUCUAUUAAGGGCCAGAUUUUGUUACUCGGGGAUUUUUGGGGUCGGUAAAGAUUAAUUCGCCAUCAGAACCGAUCACCGGAGCAUCUGCUAUCCAGGUUCACUGCCAAGGCACGUGAUCUGGAGUUUCAAAGGGUUUCAGUACUAAAUUGAUGCAAACAGAUUACUAGAAGCGUUUUUGGGGUGGCUGAAUAAGAACACGCCAUCAGAACCGACCUCCGGUGCACAUUAUUUUUGGCGACUCGAGUCUUAAGCUCGGAACCAUUACGUGUUUUAAACAGGUUAGUGUGCCAUCAACGUCGUUGCUUCCUUUUCUUUUUGUACAAACUUGCCAUUACCAAGAAAGCACUACUCAUCAUAGAAAUGGCGUAGAUUUUAUCGCGCGACUGAGACGUGACAAAAGGUUCGUAAGUUUCCUUUGGAUCGCGGAAGGCUCGUUAAAAUGAAAAAUUUUAACGAGUAUUUAACGCGCGUCGCAUACGGCGCGAAUAUCUAUACAUACCUUUAGAGAAAGCAUGAGCCGACAUAGAUGGAAAAUUUUUAAAGUUAAGAAUGAUUCUAAAAAUUCCCAACUAGAGUUUCAUUCGAGAUUAGUUCUUAACUUACUACUAAGAGAUAGUGGACAUGCAGAGAAUAGUGAAGAAACCGCAACUUCGGUGUCUUUGCUUUACCAGAUGAAACUAGAUUCGACAGUAUUGGCCAUACUAUAAAAAGAGAUAAUAGCGCUAGAAAAAAAUGUAAGAUGUAUAAAAGUGAUACUAUUUAUUUAUGUAAAAAGUGUAGAGUGCAUCUACACCCCAAAUGUUUCGAAAAUGUUAAUCUUAAAAUUUAAUUUACCUUUAAGAUACAAUAUGAUCCUUUCUUAAAAAUUGUACCCGUAUUCGGCCAAAGGUGCGUAGAUAUACGCACUUAUAUGUUUUUCCUUUCCUGGGAAAAAUUCUUGUUGGUUAUAAAUUAGUCUUAAUUUUUGUAUUUUUAAUCCAUUCUAAUAAAUAAAUUGUCAAAUU